UUGUUUUCUCGCGUACGUCAACCAACAACAAAAAGUACAAAACCGUUCUCUGACGCUGUAAAGUUAUUUUUAAGUAUUAUUGUUUAAAAUGUCUUACUACCCUGAUAUAGUGAGUAAAUUCGGAAAGGAGUCGUCCAGAGCCGCCUGCAAAAAGUGUGGUUAUGCCGGUCAUUUAACUUUUCAAUGCCGAAACUUCAUUAAAGUUGAUCCAAACAAGGAGAUAGUCUUAGAUGUGAGUAGUACAAGCAGCGACAGCGAGGAGGAGUAUGCAACACCCUUACAGAGCUUACGAGAAGCCGAGCUUAAACAGAAGCUACAGGAGAAGCUCAAAAAAGCCAAGGAGAAGAAGAAAAGUAAAAAGCGGAAGAGAUCCAGAUCAUCAAGCACAAGUAGUUCCACAUCAACAUCAUCAUCAUCAACAUCAUCAGACAGCAGUGAAUCGGAAAGUGAAAAGAGGAAGAAACAUAAAAAGAAGAAAUCAAAGUCGAAAAAGUCUAAGAAGUCUAAAGAACAUAAGAAAAGCAGAAAAUGAUAGAUAUAAGUGCUAGUUAAUAAAUUUGGUCUUUUAUUUUUUACUAACAUUGGUUUGUUUAAUAUAAUUUGACUGAUAUUUAGUAAAAGUUUCUUUAUUAUUUUGGAAAAAAAAAUCUGUCUAAAAUAUCACUAUCUUUUUCAUGUUCUUUAAGAAUAAAUCAAAUAUUGAUCUUACCUAUAGGUAUCUGACCUUGCCUGUAAAACUUUGUAGUAAUUCAAAGAUAAAAUUAAAACAAUAAGCUAAAUUAAGUUAAUAAAUGAACUAUAAAUAAGCUUUAAA